UGAGUUGACCUCUUUAAUCAACGAGAAGGCAGGCCUCAACGUGAAACUGUCGUGGUCCGUGUUCGGGGGGAUCAUGCCAUUUUAUGAAGGCAUCGGCUUAAUCGCGGAAAAGAACGCUGUGGUGAUCGAACUGGGUUCAGCCUUCACCAAAGUGGGAUAUGCCGGGGAAGCCACACCUCGCGCCAUUCUACCCACCCCCGAGCUCCCGCUAGAUGAUGAGGAGGCCUUGUAUGACACGCUCUUUGAGCUAAUUCAUCGCGUGUAUUUCAAACAUUUACUGGUUAACCCGCGCGACCGGCGUGUGGUCAUUCUUGACCCUCUCAUUGGGCCGGUCAGCCUGAAGCGGGCGCUCGCUCGUGUGCUCUUUCAGCAUUUCGAGGCGCUCUCCGUCUUGUUUGCGCCCUCAGUGUUGAUGCCGCUCGUGACACUGGGGCGUGCCACUGGUCUGGUGCUAGAUGCAGGCCGGGAGGAGGCGGUUAUUCUGCCAGUCUAUGAAGGCGUACCGGUUUUAAAGGCUUGGAAAGCGACACCUUUGGCCGGGUCAAAGGCUAUGCAAGCUGAGGUCGGUCGGUUACUUCAAGCUUGUACGGUUAAAACCAAUGAUGGACAAAUUCAACCAGUGGCUGAAGCACCCCAAGCCCAAUUGGCGGAUGAUACAAUAGUUGAAGACAUACAAAUCCGUUUGUGCUUCGUGACCGAUUUGGAGCGAGGUCUGCAAUUGCAAAAGAUCCGCAAAGAUGCGAGUCAAGUGUCGGGAUUGUCGAGCUUUUUGAAGAAGACUGUGCCUGCCGUGACGUAUCCAUUGCCUGCCGGUCACACACUUCUUUACGUUGACGGAAUGACUCGUGAAAGUGCGGCCGAGGUCAUGUUUGAGCCCGAUGAAGACGGACGCACCUUGGCCUCACUCCUCUUGGAUGCUAUAAUAGCUUGUCCAAUUGAUAUGCGACGCGAAUUGGUGGAGAAUGUUGUGAUUGUGGGUGGUACAUCAAUGAUGGUGGGCUUCAAGGCUCGGUUGUUUCAAGAGAUCAAGCAUUUGAUUAAAGAGGAAAACUACUAUCAGGAAAAGAUGGGCGUUCUAGUUGACCAAUUCAAACUCCAUGUCACACCAACGCAAGCAAAUUUCGCGUCAUGGACCGGAGCUUCGAUAUUUGGCGCCACGGACGCCAUCAGCACCCGAUCGUUUACGCGAGAAAUGUUCCUCAAAGAAAAAAUAAUUCCUGAUUGGAGCGAUUUCAGGUUUAAUCAGCUUUAUGUGGAAGAAAAGCCGCCAACUUAAUUGUCUAAAACUUUCUUAAAAGUAUUGCAUUCAAUGAUAAAAUUUCUUCGUUACUUACAUUAAAACAGAUUUUUAGUAAUGACGCAAGUUAA